CUUUGGCGGGUUUAGGGUUCUUGGAGGGAGGGAAUGGGAGAAAUGGAGGAAGAGGCGACGGCGAUGGAGGUGGACGACGGCGCUGUUGAUGUUGAUCCGCCGCGGAAGCUUACGGCGGCGCAAAAAGGCAAGGCGCCGAUGACGCAGGAGCUACAGCGAUCCGGGCCCUGGGUGGAGAAGUAUCGCCCUGCGUCUCUCGCGGACGUUGCAGCGCACAAGGAUAUCAUCGAUACAAUUGACAGGCUCACUGCGGAGAACAAGUUGCCCCAUUUGCUUCUCUACGGGCCUCCCGGGACAGGAAAAACAUCCACGAUUUUGGCUGUGGCACGCAAGCUCUAUGGUCCGCAGUUCCAGAAUAUGAUUUUGGAGCUCAAUGCCUCGGACGAUCGAGGUAUUGAUGUUGUGAGACAGCAGAUACAAGACUUUGCUAGCACGCAGAGUAUCUCCUUUGGUAACCACAGAGAGAAAGCGAAUGUUAAACUUAUAAUCCUGGAUGAAGCAGAUGCCAUGACCAAGGAUGCGCAGUUUUCUCUGCGGAGAAUCAUUGAGAAAUACACGAAGAACACAAGGUUUUGUUUGAUUUGCAACUACGUCAGCAAGAUUAUCCCAGCGCUGCAGUCUCGAUGCACACGUUUUCGUUUUCCUCCUCUUCAAGCACAGCAUGUCAGGGAGCGCCUUGAGUUCGUAAUUGACCAGGAAAGGCUGGAUGUCACGGAAGAUGGCCUGUCUGCCAUCGUGAGACUUAGCAAUGGCGACAUGCGGAAGGCUUUAAAUAUCCUUCAGUCGACGCAAAUGGCCGAGCCGCAUGUCACGGAAGCAGCAGUUUACUCAUGCACAGGAAACCCCACGCCAAAGGAAAUCGAGCAGAUUGCGUCCUGGCUUCUGAACGAGUCAUUCCAGUCGGCUUACAGCAAUAUCGUGCAGCUAAAGACAAGCAAAGGACUGGCGCUGGUGGACGUUGUUAGGGAGCUGCAGCCGUUCAUCUUUACCAUCAGCAUGCCCGGCAACAUCCGCGUGCCUCUCAUCAAUUGCCUCGCGGACAUCGAGUACAGGCUUGCGUCUGGACCCAACGAGAAGCUCCAACUGGGAGCGCUAGUGAGUGCCUUCACUCACACACGCGUAGCCUUGGUUUCUGCCGCAAGAUAAAUCUGUUCCAGUGGAGGUAGUGGAAGAAAACAUGUUUGCAAGCAAGAGCAACGCUGUUACGUCCUUUCUUGAUCCAGUGUCGAGCACACGUUUCGCAA